AUGGCUAAUGGAGCUGAAAGUAAUACUAAUAAGCUUCACGUAGUUAUGUUUCCUUGGCUAGCUUUUGGUCAUAUUGUACCAUUUCUUGAACUUUCCAAAUUCAUUGCUCAAAAAGGUCACAAAAUCUCUUUCAUUUCAACCCCAAGAAAUAUUGAUCGUCUCCCUAAACUUCCCCUUGAAUUUUCUACAUCCAUAACUUUUAUCAAAAUCUCACUUCCCAAAGUUGAUGGCUUACCAGAAAAUGCAGAGGCUACUAUGGAUAUAACAACUGAAGAAAUCAUUUAUCUUAAAAAAGCAAUGGAUGGUAUGGAAAAAGAGGUGACUAAUUUCUUGGAAAAGAAUUCACCUGAUUGGAUUAUUCAAGAUUUUGCACAAUAUUGGUUGGCUCCUAUUUCAGCCAAGUUAGGAAUAUCACGUAUUUUCUAUUGCAUAAUUAACGCUUGGUUUAUUGCUUUCUUUGGUACAACGGAAAAUAUGAUCAACACCAACUCAGGACCACCGCCUACGGUGGAGGAUUUCUUAGUUCCACCAAAAUGGAUACAUUUGAAACAAAGGCGGCGUAUCGCCGCCAUGAGGCACGGUGGAUAG